ACCGAGCCGUGCACCCCUCUUUGUUUCUCUAGCUUCCUCUCUUUCCCUCUUCAAUUUCUUUGGGAGAAAUGAGCAAUUCUCCAUCUUUUCAAUCCCUUGAUAAUUCUGCAGAUACCGAUAAGUCGUCGGUUACCAUCUUGGAAGAGAAGAUGGUUGAAAUUCCAUCACGGAGUAGUGUUAGAAGUCGUGUGAGACCAUAUGUCAGAUCGAAGUUGCCUAGGCUCCGAUGGACGCAGGAUCUUCACCAGUGUUUCGUGCAUGCUGUCCAGCGCCUCGGCGGAGAAGACAGGGCAACUCCUAAGGCAGUGCUACAGAUGAUGAAUGUUAAGGGUCUCACUGUAUCUCAUGUGAAGAGUCACCUGCAGAUGUAUAGAAGCAUGAUGCAAGAGCAGACAAUAAAAGAAGCAGGAGUUGAAGCAGGUAAGGGCAACAAGAUGCAGAGAGGGAUUCAGCAACCAUCAUACUUCUUCCUUCACCCCACCGGCCCUCCUCAGCCACAAUAUUACCAUUACCAGUACAAACAUCGUUUGGGUUUCGGGUUUCCUAACUAUUACAUGAGUACCCCAUUUUUGUACCAAAAUAAUACUCCUACUUCAAUUACUUAUGGAGCUCAAGUCUACAAGGAGCUGCUUCCCCCAACGAUCACCCCUGGGCUGCCAAAUAAUACAUGGAAAGAGAUGCCUGCAGCAGCUAACAUAGAGUAUCACAGGAAUAUGUUCGAUAUGCAACUUCCCCUUCCAAUUUUCUGCAACGAUUUCUUGGGUCGCAUUGACGGCCAAGCUGGUGUGAAUGAGAAAAACGAGCAAGUUCCGGAUGAAGCCAGCUCCAGUUCUAAGAAGAUGAAGAAAAUAGUAGAGGGUGGAUGCAGCACCAUAUUUUACAAAGAAGCUCCAGGAUCAUCUGCCACCAAAGAUGAGGAUGAUAUCAAUCUUGAGCUCACUCUUGGUUGACUUGAAUUUUGUGUAAACUAAAAAUUAUUUUAGAUGACUAUGUAUUUUAGAUUUAGAAUAUCGCUCAGACUUGACUGAAACUUUUUUUCUUUUUAUUUUUCCGAUUCAACUGAAACUUGGUAGAACUAUGGUAAAGUUUACAUGGUUUUCUA